AUGGACGGAGAUUUAUACGACGAAUUUGGUAAUUAUAUAGGGCCGGAUCUUGAAUCUGACUCAGAUGAUGAACAAAGUGUUUACGGGCAAGAUAAUCGUGAUGCUGAUGAAGAUGCCAUGGAAGAAGAUGAAGAUGCUGACGCUGAACCUGAAGUUGCUCCUAUGUCGGUCGUCCUACAUGAAGACAAACGAUACUAUCCUCAAGCAGUAGAAGUAUAUGGACCUGAUGUUGAAACUGUUGUGCAAGAGGAAGAUACUCAGGCCUUGGACAAGCCUUUAAUAGAGCCCUUAAAAAAUAAAAAAUUUCAAAUGCAAGAACAGCAACUUCCAGACACUACAUAUGACAUGGAGUAUUUGGCUGAUAUGUUAGAUAACACAAACUUGAUGAGGAAUGUUACUUUAAUGGGUCAUUUACAUAAUGGCAAAACCUCCUUUGUUGAUUGUUUAAUCCGUCAAACUCAUCCUGGCACUAUCAACAAUGAAACAACAAUACCAAUGAGAUACACAGACACAUUGUUUGUAGAGCAAGAACGAGGAGUAUCAAUCAAGUCAAUGCCAGUGACUCUUCUUUUGAAGGAUAUUAAGGGAAAAUCUCAUUUGCUAAAUAUAAUGGAUACUCCUGGACAUGUUAAUUUUAGUGAUGAAGUAACUGCUGCGUUAAGAAUUUCAGAUGGUGCAGUAUUAUUUGUUGAUGCUGCAGAAGGUAUAAUGCUGAAUACUGAGCGUCUUAUGCGUCAUGCUGUUCAAGAAAGAGUGCCCCUAACUUUAUGCAUCAACAAAAUUGAUAGGUUGAUUUUAGAGCUAAAGUUACCUCCCGCAGAUGCAUAUUACAAGCUGCGUCACAUAAUUGAUGAAUUAAAUUCAAUGUUAGAGACCAAUCAGCCGCAAGAUAAUCCGGAUGAGCCUGCUAUAGUGUUUUCUCCAUUAAUAGGUAAUGUCUGUUUCGCCUCAUCUCUUUACGAUGUGUGCUUCACACUGGAGUCCUUCGCUGCAAUGUAUGCGAAUGCGCAUGACUGCGGCUUGCGCGCGUCCGACAUGGCGGCCUGGCUGUGGGGGGAUGUGUACUUCAAUGCUAAAACAAGAAGGUUCACAAAGAAACAGCCGCAUGCUUCUGCGCAAAGAAGCUUUGUGGAAUUCAUUUUGGAACCUCUGUACAAAAUUUUUGCUCAGGUUGUAGGGGAUGUAGACGACACACUGCCGGCCGUGCUUAACGAGCUGGGCAUCAAGCUCACGAAGCAAGAAGCCAAGUUGAAUGUAAGGCCAUUGUUGCGGCUCGUCUGCAGUCGCUUCUUUGGCGACUUUUGCGGUUUAGUGGACAUGAUAGUGCGCCACGUGCCGUCCCCGCUGGAGGCGGCGCCGCGCAAGGUGGCGCACGCGUACCGCGGCGCGGCCGGCGCGCUGCACCGCGACAUGGUGCGCUGCGAGCAGGCGGGCCGGCUUGUCGCGCACACCACCAAGAUGUAUCCCACCGAUGACUGCACUUUCUUUUUGGUGCUGGCGCGUGUAAUGUCCGGCACGCUGUACGCGGGGCAGACGGUGCGCGUGCUGGGGGAGAACUACAGCACUCAGGACGAGGAGGACUCGCGCAUUAUGAAUGUUGGCAGGCUGUGGAUAUAUGAAGCUCGGUAUAAGGUGGAAUUAAACCGCGUGCCGGCCGGAUGCUGGGCGCUCAUCGAGGGUAUCGACCAGCCCAUAGUGAAGACCUGCACAGUUGUGUCUGCUGAUGAAGAUGAGGAGCUUCACACCUUUAAACCUCUUCGUUUCAACACCCAGGCCGUUGUCAAGAUUGCUGUGGAACCUGUUAACCCUUCGGAACUGCCUAAAAUGUUGGACGGUUUGAGAAAGGUGAACAAGUCGUACCCGGUGCUGUCGACGCGCGUGGAGGAGAGCGGCGAGCACGUGGUGCUGGGCACGGGCGAGCUGUACCUCGACUGCGUCAUGCACGACCUACGGAACAUGUACUCCGAAAUUGAUAUCAAAGUGGCGGACCCCGUGGUGUCGUUCUGCGAGACGGUGGUGGAGACGUCCUCGCUGAAGUGCUUCGCGGAGACACCGAACAAGCGCAACAAGCUGACGAUGAUAGCGGAGCCGCUGGAGCGCGGCCUGGCCGAGGACAUCGAGGCGGGCGCCGUCUGCGUCACCUGGGACCGGCGGCGGCUCGGAGAGUUCUUCCAGACCAAGUACGAUUGGGAUUUGUUAGCGGCUCGGUCUAUCUGGGCGUUCGGACCCGACGCUACUGGCCCUAAUAUUCUGGUAGACGAUACAUUGCCCUCCGAAGUCGAUAAGCAUUUGCUUGCUUCCGUCAAAGAUAGUAUAGUACAAGGUUUCCAGUGGGGUACUAGGGAGGGGCCGCUCUGUGAAGAGCCGAUACGUAAUGUGAAGUUCAAAAUAUUGGAUGCCGUUAUUGCUCAAGAACCUCUGCACAGGGGCGGAGGGCAAAUCAUACCGACUGCUAGACGAGUGGCAUAUUCAGCUUUCUUGAUGGCAACACCAAGGCUCAUGGAGCCCUAUUUAUUUGUUGAAGUUCAAGCGCCUGCUGAUUGUGUGUCAGCUGUAUACACUGUACUUGCGAAGCGAAGAGGUCACGUGACCCAAGACGCGCCCGUGCCGGGCUCCCCGCUGUACACGAUCAAGGCCUUCGUCCCCGCCAUAGACUCGUUCGGCUUCGAGACGGACCUGCGCACGCACACGCAGGGCCAGGCCUUCUGUCUGCAGGUGUUCCAUCACUGGCAAAUAGUUCCCGGGGAUCCGCUCGACAAGAGCAUUAUUAUUAGGCCGCUGGAACCGCAGCCCGCGACGCAUUUGGCCAGAGAGUUCAUGAUCAAGACGCGUAGACGUAAAGGUCUAAGUGAAGAUGUAUCUAUCAAUAAGUUCUUCGACGAUCCUAUGUUGUUGGAGCUCGCUCGACAAGACGUACAGUUUAAU